CGCACUCUAACGAAAUGAUACGACUGGGUCUGGUUGUCUUGGUAUUUGUUGUUCAAGGACAAAGUUCGGCAGCUAGUGUACGACAUGGGAACGUACUGCAGAGGCUAAAACGCUCACCGCAUUACCACUGCGGUUCAGACGGACCAGCAUGGCCACCACCACCCCCACCUCCUCCCCCACCACCUCCCCCACCGCCACCUCCUCCCCCACCACCUCCCCCACCGCCACCUCCUCCCCCACCACACUGGCCACCACCACCACCAUUCUGGCGAGGACACCACCAUCAUCAUCACCACCACCACAGCGGCGAAGACUUCAGAGACUACGAGUACAAACCAAGAACCCUUAUUAACGGACAAAAUACUUUUGGCAACCCUGGGUUUAAUCAACCUGGUAACUACGGGCAAAACGCAGGGUUUGGUUAUGGGCACGGUAACGCAGCACUAGUUGACGCUAGUCAGGGUAACGUUGGCCAAGUGGACGCUGGGCAGGGUAACGCUGGUCUAUAUCCUCCGGGUAACCUCGGCAACCCUCCAUGUGCAACGUGCAAAGGAAAGAGUACAGCAGUGAGCAAUGCACAGAGUGAAACGGGGAAUGCUGUUGCUAUAGCCAUUGCUAGAGCUAGUAAAUCCAGAUAAAUUGGGUCUAUAACUCUAUUAUGCUAGUGGAAGUCAAGUGUUUGUUUAAAGAGAGUGAACUGUAGAACAUGUCAAUACAUUGUGAAUCCAAUCCAAUCCAACAGGCUGCAUGUCCACAGCUGGACAUAAGCCUUGUCAAGUGCACGCUACUGAACAAAGACCUCUAGGGUCUU